AUGAGAAGCCGGCACUUCUCUGCAAUGACAAUUACACUUCUGUUCAUCAUCUUCACCGCGUGUCCCCUCGCGUCCACAGGGGCAAAAUGGACAUAUAAUGGACCUGAUGGAGAACACGACUGGUCCAGCAACUACCCGUUCUGUGGAGGAGCAUUCCAGUCGCCCAUCGUUCAGACACAGCUGCUGAGAUACGAUCCAAACCUGCCGCCCAUCCAGGUCCAGAACUACAACCUGUCAACCAAUGAGCAGCUCACUUUCGGAAACAAUGGACACUCUGUGCAGUUGUCUUUGCCGUCUCACAUGCACAUCUCCAGUCUCCAGCACAGAUAUUCAGCAGCUCAGCUCCAUUUCCACUGGGGCUCAUCCAGUCUGCUCACAGGAUCAGAACACACUGUUAAUGGCAAGCGGUUUGCCGGAGAGAUGCAUGUAGUACACUUCAAUUCUGACAAAUACCCCAACAUCUCAAUGGCAGUGGACAAGCAUGAUGGACUGGCUGUGCUGGGAGUUUUUAUUGAGAUUGGAGAGUUCAACCCUGCUUUUGACAAAUUCUUCAAAUACAUAAAUGGGAUAAAGUACAGAGAUCAGAAAAUACAGGUCCCAGCGUUUAACAUCCGUGCACUGCUACCAGUCCGUCUGGAUGAGUAUUACCGCUACGAUGGUUCUUUGACCACACCGCCCUGCUAUCCCAGUGUGCUGUGGACCGUGUUCAGGAAACCGGUCACCAUUUCUCAAAAACAGUUUGUGGCAUUGGCCACAGCUUUGUAUGCCUCUUAUGCCCAUGAUUCUGCUACCGUGCCACUUCACGGAAAUUACCGGAAGCCACAACACGCAGACAACAGAGUGAUACUGGUUUCUUUCAAGGAUGGACUGCAUGGUAUUCUUUCAGCGGCAUCCCCCUUUCAGAGGAAGCAAGUCAUCCAGAAGCUUCUGGUGGGCGACCUUGCAGACUUGGCCGACGAGGGACUCUACCAGCUUCUGCCAAAGUUGAGUCCCCAACAGGAAGUGGAUGAGAAGUUUAAGAAGACUAAGAAGCAGGGACAGUGGAGCCAGGCAACUCAGAAACAGCAGUGGUCGAAGAACAAUGUGCAAAGCUCCUCUUCCAUUGGGAAGAAAACACCAACACCGUGGUAUAUGGGAGCAUUGGAAACGGAUAAAGGGAUGUGCUUUGUAUCCCUAGAGGAGAAUGUCGUUCACCAGCUCGAGAGAUACCAUGCAAAGGGUCUGAUGGUGGAAGCUCUAAGAGAGGUCAUCUUUCCUGAGUUGAACCUCAGGAGCUACUUGCACUGCCGGUCUAAUCUGGACCUUCAGACCAUAAGACAACUCAUUAAAGGAAGAUCUCAGGACGAGGCUACCGAGCUUGAGCAAUCACUGACUAAAGCCAUGCUGAGGCAGAUGAGGAGGCAAAUCAAACGACAUAGAAACCCAAACAUGAAAACCACCAUAGGGCAUCCUCAAGCUACAUUCUCGAAGGACUACAACUCAGCCUUGACUUACCACAGUCCUCAACGUGUUGAAUGGGAAGAUUAGACCCAGAGAAGACCGCAAACCUCCCAGAGGGCCUACAUUUCCGCAGUACGCUGUCACGCACAAUAUUUAGUCAACUCUGCUCCUAAGGCUAGCACAUCAUUUCACUAAUAUUUAUUUAGUUUGAUGGUACCCCUCCUGACACUGUCUCAGAGACUCUCAAACUAGUUGCUUUUGCAGUAGACAAAAUGAAUUGACGAGUAAAUAAUGUUCAUGAUAUGUUAUGCCGCUGAUUACAAAGACGUUUGUAGUUACUUUCCAAAGAAAUGGACUAGAUGGCUGUCAACAGGACCAAGAAAUUGACCUUUUCCAACCUUCAGAUUCCAGAUUAACUAUCUAAUGAUUAGUCUAGACUAAAAGUUGGUCUGUUUUAUACAUUAGUGAGAUUUUUGUGGGAGAGUAUGGCUCAAACCAAUGCUCAAAAAGACAGAAGACCAUAAUAUUGAGGGCAUAUUUUUACAUUUUAUUGGGAAAAGUUGAGCUGUAUAUUGCCGUAAUUGUAUUCUGUGGUUGAAAAGAGUCAUGCACAAAUUAAAAGGGACAAAGGGACAAAAUCAGCACUUUAAGUAUUUUAACAUUCUCGAACUCUGUGUGGUACUGUUCUUUUGGGUGUGAUCUGAGACCAGAGAGAAAGCAGACAAUGUAAACUUUUUUUGUACACUGACUCAGAUUUUGGUCUGGAUACUUUUUUUGUGAAAUGUCUAGAUCAAGGAUUGUAAAUUAAAGCAUAACGUCAAUUAAAAAUGUAUCACUUCUUCCACUUGUAAAGGAUAACCAUGUCCCUGUUUUUAUUCUAAAUGGUGUUCAGAAGAGAUAUGUGAAUAAGGUAUUACUGUGGCCAUAUUUGUUUGUUUGUAUUUGUAUUGCGUUAAAAGUUCCCAUUGACUUUCAUUAUAUGUACAAUCGGGGUCUGAAUAGCUCAUUUGUACUUGUUCACCAAUAUGUUCACAAAAC